CCGCUUGACGUGGCUUGAACAAAUGCUAUUUGCAGUGCUGUUCCAAAAUAAUCUCGUGCUUCUUGCUUUCGUGAUAUCUUCGUCUCGUUUUGCCUGCAACCUACCUGCAUUUUCUUUCUUUAUUCAUUUUAAUAUUCUUUUGUAGUGCUUUACAUUUAGGGAGUGGGCUUCGUCUGCGUUAUCCAUUACUAGCUGAUGCCUCUUUGCAGAAAGGCAGAGGAGGGAAGGGCAAGACAGCAAAGAAGAUGAAGCACUCCAAACUGGCGGCCUGCAAGCUCUAUAUCUCAGAAGGUAGAAACGCCGCGGCGCUAGAAGCAAUUGAGAGGGCUGCCGGCCAUCAUCCGCAAGCUACCAUCACCAAGAAGUUUCCUGAUUACGCCUACAAUCGAACUCGAUACACCAUCGUCUCCUACCUGAUUGAAGAAGAUGAAGCCCGUGUGGUUGACAGCCCACUAAGGCAAGCUUUGUUUGCCAUGGCAGAGGAAGCCUACAAGACCAUAGAAUUGGGAACACAAUGUGGGGCUCAUCCACGGGUUGGUGUGGUAGAUCACAUCAGCUUCCAUCCGCUGGCGCAAUCCACACUGCAUGAAGUGGCCAACCUCGCCAAAUUGGUGGCCGCCGACAUCGGCGGCAGGCUUCAUGUACCAGUGUUACUCUAUGAAGCUGCCGAUCCACAGGGAAGGGCUCUAAGCUCACUAAGAAGGGAACUGGACUAUUUCACACCGAAUUUCAUGGGCAAUCAGUGGGCAGGGUGGUCACUGCCUAAUGUGCUCCCCAUAAGUCCAGAUGAAGGUCCACAGUGUGUGGACCAAGACAAGGGCGUCGUCUUCGUGGGGGCGAGCCCGUGGGUCGACAACUACAACAUACCAGUACUAACGAAGGACGUCGAUCUUGUUCGCACAAUUGCGCGAAGGGUGAGUGCUCGUGGCGGCGGCCUUCCCGGCGUUCAGGCACUUGCGCUACUGCAUGGAGAUAAGCUGGAGAUUGCCUCAAUGUUUCUGGAACCAGACAGGAUUGGUGACAAAGAAGUGCAGAGGGAGGUUGAACUGCUGGCGAGUGAGGAGGGACUCCGUGUAGAGAAAGGGUAUUACACUGAUCUUUCCAAGGAAACGACUACCAAGAGCUAUAUGAAGUUGGCAUCCGCUGAUUGAAAAGCUUAUGUUUCACUUUCAGCUUUCAUGGAUGUAUGCGUUUAAUCUAGCAUUUCAGGACAGCAUGCAUGAACUGAUGAAUGAGAGUAAUGAAAGCAGUACCAGUAAUCUUGUGGCUGGUUAAUUAACA